AGACAGGGAGUGUUGAGAGCAGGUGCACCGGCACCAGCAGCUGCACUACCGUCACCAUCAUCAACUUCACCGUCAGCGUCGACGUCCGUGCAGCCAUGUCCCGUCUGUGGCUGCUGUGUCUGGUGGGAGCCGUCGCUGGCGGCGUGCCCCCCUCGGACAGGGCCAACUCGCCCUGCGAGCCCGGCUCCGUGUGGACGGCCGACGACGGCUGCAACACCUGCUUCUGCCUGCAGAACGGCGUGGCCGGCUGCACCUACAUAGAUUGCUCGGCCAGGGACCCGCCGGCCGAUACCAUGGCUGCCGGGGUCCGCGGCGGAGAGACCGGCCUCAAGCCCAUGCCGCUGCCGGAGCCCGAUGAGGUGGUCAAGUCGUUCACCUUCUACGGAGAGGAGGCCCAGGAACCGGUGCCGCUGCCGCUGCCGGAGCCGCAGCCCAGAGGCGCGGCGGCGCCCAGCGGCGACUGGCAGAAGCCGUACCCGAAGCCGACGGAGGAGCGGUCGGACGUGAACUGCACCGCCGGAGAGGAGUGGCAGGAGGAGUGCAACACGUGCCACUGUCUCGGGGACGGCAUGGCCGCCUGCACCAAGGUCAGCUGCUCGUCCGAGGGCCGCGCGCUGGCCACGGCCGUCCGGGGCCGCUGCGAGCCGGGCGUCACCUGGAGCGACGCCUGCAACGUGUGCCACUGCGUCGACGCCAGCCAGGUGAUCUGCAGCUACCGGAGCUGCGCCGGCGCCGCCAGCCGCCGCCGCCGGCAGGCCGACUGCACGCCCGGCACAUCGCGCCGUGUCGGCUGUAACGAAUGCCGGUGCACCGACACCGGCCGCGAGGCCUGCACGCUCAAGUUCUGUCUGCGGGAGAGCCUCGCACAGUCGGGCGGCUCUCCGUCUGACCGUGCGAGCCCCGGUGACGAGUGUGCGCAGCGGUGUCCGGACGACUGCGGCAGCCACCGCCGCGAGGACGGCUGCCUGGUCUGCGACUGUGACAGCAGUCGGUACUCUGACGCGCGCCGGCCCUCUCCGUCCCAGCCGGACCGGUCCGCGGCCUCCGCCAGGAGUGGGGAUCGGUCGGCGGCGACAGGCUCGGACUCCCUACCGGAGCCGACGCCCUACGACAGCGGACACCGCUGGGGUCACUCCAGCGACCCUCGGAUGGAGCGGCACUCCUUCGGCAGCCGUGACCGCGGCGUCCCACACCGGCACUCGGCCUGGGGGGACGUCAUCUCCGAUACCGACUCAGCCUCAGCCACCAGCGGGUUCGGAUUUCCUGAAGGGAGCGAUAGACGUGAUUCAGCAUACGGAUCAUAUGACGAUGACUACCGCGACCGCUUCACUUCGUCUGCAACCAGUGACUCCGGACGCUUUUCAUCACCAAGGGAUAGGUAUCCGUCUCGCGACAGCUCCACUGGACGCUUCUCGCCGUCAAGGGACAGCUUCUCGUCUAGUGAUAGCUUCUCGGGACGUUUCCCGCCGCCAAGAGACAGCUAUCCGUCUAGCGAUGGCGACUCUGGACGCUUCUCGCCGUCAAGAGGCGGCUCCUCUGACGGAUUUACCUCGCUCGGGGGUUUCAACGGGCGCAGCUGGACGCAGUUCGGUGCGGCUUCCUCCGGCACCGGCUCGGGUCGCGUCCCGUCCUCUGAGAGGUUCGGCAGCAGCUCGGGCCGCGCUCCGUCCUCUGAGAGGUUCGGCAGCAGCUCAGGUCGCGCCCCGUCCUCUGGGAGGUUCGGCAGCAGCUCCGGAGACCGGUUCGGCUCGUCUGGCAGUGUGUCCGGGAACACGCUGCGAUUUCUGGACAGGCGGCAUCCAGGCGCCCCAGACGCCGGGGCCGGCGCCGGCGGGUUCUCGGCACGGAGGGGAGAGGAGCGCGGCAGCAGCACUGGCAGGCGAGGGGGAGAGAGCAGAGGGCAGAGCAGCUGGGAGGCGUUCACCAACUGGAGCAGCUCGCUUGGCCACAGGGCCAGGACGGCUGACAACGACGGCUGGACGUCAGUCGGCAGAAAAUAGAGACCGGCGCGGGCAGAGCUGACGCGCCCCGAGCAGCCCGAGGAACUGGCGCUGCCCUGCGGUUACGAACACAUAUGUUUGUUCUAAUGACCGUUUUUUAUUGUUGUUUUCAUUCGUUGGAUGCUGUGUACUUGCAGUCAAUUUAAAGACUGAAAAUGCAUAGUUAAAUAUCAUAAUAAAAUUAUGCUUCCUG